AUGCUAAGUGUUAGUGCUAGGUUAAUAAUUAUAAAUCUACUUAAGCAUAUCUACAUAAAUGCCUGUGUAAAGAAAAAGCAAGUUGCUGCUAAAAAGAAGGCAGUUAAAGCAGCUAAAGGUAGUAUAACUAAGCAUAAAAAAAAGAUUAACUUAGAGGAUAAUAACUAUAAUCUAAAUAAGGACAUAAAAGUUAAAGAUAGUAAAGCGUUUAACUAUAAGGUUAGCUGUGUUAUUUGCUAUAAUAAUUUUAAAAUGCCUAUAAUUCUAGGCAAAACCUUUAAGUUACCUAAUAUCUUAGCCCUACUUUGCAUUAUUUCUGUCUAUAAUAAUAGUUAUAAAUCUCUGGCUUAUAAGUGCCUAACUUACAAGGGUAUCCUGCGUAGGCACAUUUAA